CAAGCCCAGAACAGCAAAGCGGAGCUGCGAGAUUGCAUCGCAAACAUAGUUAUUAUUUGCCUUUCAAUUUACUCCAAAGAAAACGAAAUAAAGCAAGCUAGGUUCAAGGAUCCCGCAGUAAAUAUUAAUUGAGUAACCGCUCACACAAUCGUAUAGUUUGCUGUGUGCGCGGUGAGUGGAAAAGGUCGCUUGAAAUAUCGAAAAUCUGCAAGAGCAUUUAUUGACAAGCCACGGUUGCUGCCCCUGUAAACCAUGAAGUCCGAAAAUUUUCGCCUUAUCGCGGAGGUGGCCAAGAGGCGGUGUCUAUGGGACACCAACAUGUCUAUGGCAUACCGCAAGGAGGAUGGAGCAGCCCAGUGGGCUUGUGUGGCGGAAAUAAUGCAGCUGGAUGUCUUGGUCUGCAAGAAGCGUUUUAAGGGAUUGAGGGACAGCUACCGGGCGGAGGUGCGCAAGAUCCAGCAAAAACGCAUCGAAAUGUCCCAUUGGACGUACUUCCGCUCCCUGGAGUUCAUGCGCCACAUCUUCGAUCCAGAGCGACUGGUGCCCUUUCCACCGGAGGCCUACGAUCUGGACGCCGAACAGCCGGAUGACUGCGAAUCCACCCGGCUGGUGGACUUUGCCAUCGAUGUGGAUUUGGACAACGAUGACUCUGUUGACUUUGAGAUCAUCGGGGACAUCUUUAAGCGGGAAUCCUCUUUGCCACAAGAUUCGGGGUCGGAUGGUGGCUCGCUGAUCAAGCCGCUGGACCCGACUGCCCAUCGAUCCGACCAUGAACUGUCGCCCAGAUUGAUUUCGCCCAUGCCCCUGCAACCCAAUAACUUGAGACGCCCCCAGCCGCCUGCGAAGAGGGUUCGGCGCCGGAAGACAUCGUCCUCGUACGAUAGCCCCAUUUCGAACGGCAAGGCCACUCCUAAUUAUCCUGCUGAUGGGGAUCUGAAAAACGAUUCGGACUACAGCUUCAUGGUGAGCAUGGUGCCGCACGUCAAGACUCUGUCGCCCAUCGGGAAUCUCAAGUUUCGAAUGGAGAUGGCCCGCGUUUUGGUGGAACUUAGAAAAGAGGAUCAGCAGACACCCGAAGGACCGGGAGCAGGUCCUAAAUUGUUGGGGCCGGUCGGAUUGCCACGACUAACGCCCGCUCCGGACUCCAGUUUCGCCUCUCAUCUGGAUAAUUCCCAGUACUAUUUUUCCAAUUCCAGCUACCCAAAUGGUAGCCCACAAUCCCCAUCCUCCUACGAUUAUGUGGACAGCUCCCUGAUCGAAUGCGAUGUCAAGAUUGAGAACGAAGCCUUGCUCUAAGAAUCGGGACCCAGUUCUCUACCAAUUAGCAAUCAUCCAAAUUUAUAUUACGAUCGAUUUUACAUUCAGUUUUCUGAAGAAAUACCCCCACAAUUUUUUUUCUGAAUUGAUGAAAAUUACUUCUCAAUUAUUCAAAGUUGGUUAUUGAUUCAAAAAUUCUGUUUGUACAUCAUAAGCAUAACCCAUAAUAUUUAACAUUAUUUUACAUUGCCCAAACAAUUUUGCCAAUUUCUGAAAUAUGUGCAAAUAAUUUGCAUCUGUUAAAAGUAUACAUUUCGCAUUGUCAGGAGUCAAGCUAAACAUAAUAAACAAUUUUAUAUUUGAA